AUGAAUCAUGAUAUUCAAGCAAAACUACUUAGACGUGAAGAAGAAGAAGAAGAAGAAGAAGGUGACUUGAAAGGAAGAAUAUGGGAUGAAUCCCGAAAGAUUUGGAGGGUUGCAUUGCCAGGUGUCAUAUCAAGAGUUUGCGCAUUUGGAACGGUUAUCGUCACACAAUCAUUCAUCGGCCACAUCAGCGACUUAGAUCUUGCUGGUUAUGCCCUUGUCCAAACUCUUAGUGUCCGAUUCGUCAAUGGCAUCCUUUUAGGAAUGUCGAGUGCAACCGAAACUCUGUGUGGUCAAGCCUUUGGAGCCGGUCAACACCACAUGAUGGGCAUCUACCUACAACGAUCCUGGAUCGUUGAUUUAAUCACUCUAACCGUCCUCCUCCCGAUCUUCAUCUUCGCUACACAAAUCUUCAAAUUUUUAGGCGAAGACGAAUCCGUAUCAAACAGUAGCGGAUACAUUUCUCUAUGGUUCAUCCCUUUCGUUUACAAUUUUGUGUUUAGUCUCACAAUACAAAUGUACCUUCAAGCACAGUUGAAGAACAUGGUGAUUGCAUGGCUUUCGAUUUUUCAAUUCGGGAUUCAUAUCCCUCUGUCGUUGCUUUUCGUGUAUAAGUUGAACCUUGGAGUUGGUGGGGCCAUGAUUGCUUUGUCUAUGUCCUCGUGGUUUCUUGUGAUUGGAGAGUUUGUUUAUAUAUUUGGUGGUUGGUGUCCGUAUUCUUGGAGGGGGUUUACAUCGGCUGCUUUUAAGGAUCUGUUACCUGUUGUGAAGCUCUCGAUAUCUUCCGGUGUUAUGGUCUGCUUGGAGUUAUGGUACAAUGCUGUGCUGGUCUUGCUAGCGGGGUACAUGGCAAAUGCAGAAGUCGCGAUAUCCGCCUUCUCGAUAUGCCUGAACAUUAAUGCGUGGGAGUUCAUGAUCAGCCUCGGUUUCUUAGGUGCUGCAUGCGUCCGUGUUGCAAAUGAAUUAGGGAGAGGAAAUGCGAAAGCAGCAAAGUUCUCGAUUAAAGUGUUGUUGGGCACUUCUAUUGCAAUCGGAGUCUUUUUCUUCGUUGUUUGCUUAAUUUUCAGAAAGAAACUGGCCUACUUGUUUACAGACGAUGAAAGAGUCGCAGAUACAGUAUCAGACCUUUCUUUGCUCCUUUCUUUCUCGGUUUUACUCAACAGCAUUUACCCGGUUCUCUCAGGGGUGGCGGUUGGAGCGGGAAUGCAGGGUACAGUAGCGAUAGUGAACCUUGUUUGCUUCUAUGUGAUUGGUAUUCCAAUGGGAGCUUUGCUGGGUUACAUGACUAACCUCCAAGUAAAGGGUAUAUGGAUUGGAAUGAUCGGUGGUGUUGUCACACAAACACUUGCGCUUGUGUAUAUGGCAUGGGCAACCGAUUGGGAUGAUCAGGUUAAGAGGGCUUCGGAGAGGCUAAAUCGAUUUUACGUGAAGGCGUCUGAUAAUGAUAAUCAGGAGCAAAUUCGUUAG